AGCUAUUUCUGCAGGGGUCAUCAAUAUCCAGGGAUCUUAAAUCUGAGCUUAAACCCGUCCAAGGUCAAGAGGAGAACUAUCCCCAGGGAUUCUUAUCCACUGAGCAUAAUCAAGGACACCAGGCACAGAGAACCAAACUAUUAUAUCAAAUCUAAUCUCUAAAAUGGAAGAAGCCAAAAAUCCAAGUUUGGAAGAAGACUUUGAAGGACAGGCGACACAUACAGGACCCAAAGGAGUGAUACAUGAUUGGAGAAAGUUUAAAUUAGAGAGUGAAGAUAACGACUCAGUCCCACCCAGCAAGAAGGAGAUUCUCAGACAAAUGUCUUCUCCUCAGAGCAGGGAUGACAAAGACUCAAAAGAAAGAUUCAGCAGAAAGAUGAGCAUCCAAGAAUAUGAACUAAUUCACCAAGACAAAGAAGAUGAAACUUGCCUCCGUAAAUACCGUAGACAGUGUAUGCAGGAUAUGCACCAGAAGCUGAGCUUUGGGCCUAGAUAUGGGUUUGUGUAUGAGCUGGAAACUGGGGAGCAAUUCCUGGAGACCAUUGAAAAGGAGAAGAAAAUCACCACAAUCAUUGUUCACAUUUAUGAAGAGGGCGUUAAGGGCUGUGAUGCUCUAAACAGGAGCCUGACAUGCCUUGCAGCCGAAUACCCAAUAGUCAGGUUUUGUAAAAUAAAAGCUUCUAAUACAGGUGCCGGGGACCGCUUUUCCCCUGAUGUGCUCCCCACACUGCUCGUCUACAAGGGUGGGGAACUCAUAAGCAAUUUUAUUAGUGUUGCUGACCAGUUUACUGAAGAAUUUUUUGCUGGGGAUGUGGAGUCUUUCCUAAAUGAAUAUGGGUUACUACCUGAAAAAGAGAUAUAUGCCCUUGAGCAGACAAACAUGGAAGAAGAUAUUGAGUAAAAUCUCCUAUGUCAAUGUUUCAUAUUUAUCUUUGAUUUGGUAGUAUCCAUAUUCUUUUAGAGAAUACCAAGUAUGGACAUGGCUAGUCUAAUGUGGAAAUAAAAUCAGGUUAGCACUAA